UGCGCGACUGGUUAUACGGAAAUACAAUAUCGUAAAAAUAAAACGCUUUUGUCGAUAAUCAAAGACCGCUUGUUAAAACGUGUGAUACCGUACUUAAUUUAUGACUUCAGUAUUUAGAUAAUAUUUUAAUAAAAAUAACAUCGAGAGCAGUACGCGGUAUCCCUAAACCGUGGUUGUGUGGCUUACAGCACGCCUUCUGGCCUUCUGAGUCUGACUGCUGCAGGGUCGGACGGGUCGAUUCAUACCAUCAAAAUUAUUUAUCAUUAUCAAAAUUCAAAAUACCUAAUCGGUAUGAAUUAACUGGAACUGCAUAAAUCGGCCUCGGAAAACUGACACGAUCGGACGAAUAUUAUACGAAUAUAAUAUAUUUAUAUAUUAUGAAAUCGGCUUCGAUUUGCUUCGGUCCGUCUAGCCGGCGAUUCGCUCAUUGUCAUCCGGGUCGUCCGCGUUACCCAUGACAUACCCCCCACAACCGUGGUUUGUUAUCGUCUGCAGCCGCGUCUUAUCGAACACAUUCCUGUACAUUUUGUUUUUCAUAUAAUAUAGCGACAUCGUGCCAGAAGCCCGCGAAAGACGCCAUCAUGUACGACUUUUCAGAUGUCCUGUUGAGAGUGUGGCAAUGCCUGUUGAUCGCACCGGUGACACUGCAGCGGAAAGCGGUCGGCGGUGGCGCGCAACCUCAGUCGCAGUACGCGUUCAACAUCUGGUGGUACGCAUUGAACUUGGCCGUGUUGGCCGCGUGCCUGGCCGGCGGCGUGUGGACCGUGGCGGAGGACACGCGGGCGGCCACGGCAGGCCGGUCGGUGCGCAUACAGAACACGUCCUCGGCCAUCGUCACCGCGCUCCAGGUGACGCUCCAGUGUUUGGUGUGCACGCUGGCGGUCGCGUGCUCCGCCGGCCGGCACGCUACGCUGCUGGACAUCGAGCGGCACCUGAACCGCACGGACGCCGUGCUCCGGGUGUCCGCGGGCCAGCCGGUGGCCAGGUACACGCCGGCGCUGGUCGCGUUCCACGCGGCCCUGUUCGCCGUUGACGGUUACUUGUGGUACGCUCUCAGCCCGGCCACCUGGAUGUACUGCGUGUGCUACGUGUACAUGUCCAUCGACCUGGCCACCAUGCUCAUGUACGCGCAGAUCGCAUGGAGCAUCGGUCGCCGGUUCGAAGACAUCAACGUUGCGAUCGAGUACAAGCUCAUAGGUAUCCAGACUAACGUGGCGGCGGCGUCCGAUCGCAAUCGCCGCGGCAAUGGCUGCCGGCUCGCGCAACGCGUGUGGACGUUCGCCGGCCAAACCACGGUCACUGUGUCUUCUAAUCCCGUGGCCUCGGCCGACUGCCAGUACGAUUCGAAAAAUGUUUCAAUUGCAAAAUUACAAGAUCUUCACUGGAGUCUUUGUAAUAGUAUCAAAAUAGUCAAUGAUAAAUUUGGGUGGCAAUUACUUUUGCAGUUGUUCUGCAAUUGUGUGCAACUAAUUGUGACUCCAUAUUUCAUGAUAAUAAAUUUAUUUUAUCCGGUGAUUUAUGGUUCUACAGAUAUUAAAUUCAUUCUGAUCCAAGUUGUUUGGGUGUUGACCCACUUGAGUCAUUUAUUAUUAAUCGUAUUACCCACGUCGUAUGCUACUAGAAAAGGUGAAAAAACUGCUGAGAUCAUAUGUAAACAUCUAACUAUUGAUAUUGAACCCGGUGAUAUGAAACAGUUAGAAAUAUUCGUCCUUCAAUUGCAAAAGUAUGCAAUCGAUUUUUCAGCUUGUGGAAUUGUAAAUUUACAUCGAUCGACUAUUACAACGAUUAUCGGAACCGCACUCACAUAUUUGGUGAUCUUAAUUCAAUUCCAAAACUCCGACUAGAAAAAUCAAUAACAAUACUGGUAAUGUAUUACGAUGUAAAUUCGCCACGAUCGGGUUAACGCACAG